UUAUUAUUAAUAACUCCCUUCACAGUUAAUGAAGCACUUGCACAUACAUGAUACUAUUUUAUUCUGUUACAACUCUGUAAACAGUCAUUAUUAUUGCCAUUUUAUAGAAGGAUUAUCUGAGUCUUGGAGACUUUAUGUGAAUUGCUCAAGGACAAAAAACAACUAACAAACAGAGGCAGAAUGAAUGUAAACUGUAGACUAUGUGGUUCCAAAUUCCAUAAUUUCCCCGUGAUUUCCUGCUGCUUCCUGCCAGAAGGAGUUGCUGGGAGUGGGGGUGGGGGGCGCACAGCAAGAGUUUCUCUGGGCUAGUUGGCUGAGUAUAGAAGGAAGGAGAAGGUAUAUUUUAAACUUGCACAAUUCUUGGUGACCUAGAAAUUAAAAUUUACUCUUGGGUGUAAGUGACACCAGGCCCAUCCAGCAUUCUGGUCUGAAGAAUUACAUUCUCCCUGAAGAGACUGCACUCUUGCCCUUUACACACUUAGAUUCAGUAUUUUAAUAGGCAGAGCUGGCUGUUCUAGAAAGAUCAGAGUCACGGCACCAUGUACCUCCCCAAGAGUGACAGAAGAGGAGAGAGAGGAAGACAAGGAGGGAGUAUGUCCAGGGGUCUCAUCUCUCCACCUCUCCUCAAUAAAGCACAGGAUACCCAGUGAAACUUGAAUGUCAGAUAAACAAUUUGUUACUAUAAGUAUGUAUCUGACAUUCAAAUGGUGUCUUGUAAUUUGCUAAAUCUGACAAAUUCUGCAAACUUCUCUCAAGGUUUUAGGGGCAGGGGUGGGGGGAAGAGUGCCGGGAGGAUCCCGAGGACAGGAACCCAUAUGGCUCCGCUCGCGCCAUCUGUGCCCGUGCAGGCCAUCGGGUAGCAAUUCCUGCACAGGUGCAGAAGCAGAAGCAGGGGCCGGAAGGGGGUCCCAGUGUCCGCCAAGUACUGGUGAAUUCUGAAUUGGAGGUUCUGUCUGUGGUGAGGAGAGUGGGCCUGGCCUGAGGUGAAGGUUAAUGCUGAUUUACUUGGCCUCGCUCAGCUGCUGAGCAUUCAGAUCUGCCCGAAAACUUAAAAUUAGCCUUUGAGAUGUGUAAACUUAUUUGAAGUAAGGAAGGAGGCAGGAGUGGAAGAGAUCUAGAUGUGUCAGGCAGAAAGGUCAGUGAGUGGCUGGAAUAGGUGAGAAGGCGCAUGUCGGCGUUGGUGCCCCUGGCCCAGAAGACAGGAAGGCAGACACUGGGGCUUUCCCAGGUCGGUGUCAAGUGCGGGGCAGGUGCCAUGCUGGGGCCAGACCCUUCGGUCUGAUUCAGAGGAACGCAGAGCUGGGAGGGCAUGCCCCUGGGCUUAACUCUCCCAGCAGAGGAGCAGUCUGUGCAACACCUCUGACAGGGAGAAAUGACCCUGGUGACUGAUCCUGGAGCUCAGGGAGGGAGACCUGGGGGCUGGUCUCAGCCCUGCCACUAAGGCAAUCUGGAGCCAUGAAUAAGCCAUUAUUAUCUCUGGGCCUUUGUUCAUCUGACAAAUACCACGGUGUGGGUCAUAUUACACUUCCUUAUGGUUCCUCUUAGUCCCAAAAUUCUGUUGGUAUAUGUUUAAUUUCAAGCCUUCUCGUGACUGCCAUUUUGUGUACACUGGCCGGGCAAGAGGGCUGGUGCGCACUCUUUUUCAAUAAUCUUUAUUAUAUCUGAAGAUUGCUUUUCCAUUUUCCCCUCAAUGCUUACCCCUAUCCAGGCAAACCAUCAAAACGCCUUUUUCAAAGGGCUAUAUUCAAAUGAGUUAACCAAUGAAAUGGAGACUUUUCUAAAAGCCUGGUGUCAGCAAGACACUUAGUAACUCUAGGGGAGGACAGGCUGCAAUUAGCAUUUCAAUCCCAGCUUGCCCUUCGUUUGUUCACUCAUUCUCUCAGCAAAUAUUUAUUGAGCUCAUGUGAUGCAUCAGGCAGAUUUGAGCUGCAGGGAGGGAAAUUUAAGCAGAACUGCAACACCCGGGGAAACUCCAGGUGACUUGAGACCUCAUUUCUCAAACCCUUUGCUUCUGCCUGCUGUGCUGGACGCAUCGAAGUUUAGCAGUCAGCCGUCCUGUCCAUCAAAUGGUAGAGGCAAACAAAAUGAGUCUUUUUCAAUAGUUUUAGCGAAAGGUGAAAGGGUUGGAUAAAUUGAAGAUUUGAAUAACCCGUGGGUUCCACCUCUGUGUAGAGGAGCUGUGGGCCUCCAAGACCAGACGUAAUUGGGGACUGGGUCCUUUCACGGGGCAUGCAAAGCAGCCCUCGGGGCUGUCCUCACACCUGCCUCCUCCGUAGGGCUGCGCUUGAGAUGGAGUUGCUGCCCCUUUGGCUCUGCCUGGGUUUUCACCUCCUGACAGUGGAAUGGAGGAACGGAAGUGGAACAGCCACAGCAGCUGCCCAAGGGGGAUGCAAGUUGGUGGGUGGAGCCGCUGACUGCCGAGGGCAGAGCCUUUCCUCCGUGCCCAGCAGCCUCCCGCUCCACUCCCGGAUGCUCAUCCUGGAUGCCAACCCUCUCAAGACCCUGUGGAAUCAUUCCCUGCAGCCUUACCCUCUCCUGGAGAGCCUCAGCCUGCACAGCUGCCACCUGGAUCGCAUCGGCCGCGGCGCCUUCCAGGAGCAGGGCCACCUGCGCAGCCUGGCCCUGGCUGACAACUGCCUCUCAGAGAACUACAAGGAGACGGCAGCUGCUCUCCAUACCCUGCCAGGUCUGCAGAGGCUGGACUUGUCUGGAAACUCCCUCACGGAGGACAUGGUGGUCCUCAUGCUCCAGAACCUCUCCUCACUCGAGUCUGUGUCCCUGGCCAGGAACAUGGUCAUGAGGCUGGAUGACUCUGUCUUUGAGGGCCUGGAGCACCUCAGGGAGCUGGAUUUGCAGAGGAACUACAUCUUUGAGAUUGAGGGUGGUGCUUUUGACAGCUUGACUGAGCUGAGACACCUCAACCUGGCCUAUAACAACCUCCCCUGCAUCGUGGACUUUGGCCUCACACAGCUGCAGUUUCUCAACAUCAGCUACAACAUCCUGGAGUGGUUCCUGGCGUCCGGGGGGGAGGCUGUCUUUGAGCUGGAGACACUGGACCUGUCUCACAAUCAGCUGCUGUUCUUCCCACUCCUGCCCCAGUACAGCAAGCUGCGUACCCUCCUUCUGCGGGACAACAACAUGGGCUUCUACAGGGACCUGUACAAUGCCUCUUCGCCGCAGGAGAUGGUGGCCCAGUUCCUCCUUGUGGACGGCAACGUGACCAACAUCACCACUGUCAACCUCUGGGAAGAGUUUUCCUCUAGCGACCUCUCAGAUCUCCGCUUCCUGGACAUGAGCCAGAACCAGUUCCAGUACCUGCCAGACGGCUUCCUGAAGAAAAUGCCGUCCCUCUCCCACCUGAACCUCAACCAGAACUGUCUGAUGACGCUUCACAUCCGGGAGCACGAGCCCCCAGGGGCGCUCACGGAGCUGGACCUGAGCCACAACCAGCUGUCGGAGCUGCACUUGGCUCCGGGGCUCACCGGCUGCCUGCGGAGCCUCCGCUUGUUCAACCUGAGCUCCAACCAGCUCCUGGGUGUCCCCUCCGGCCUCCUUGCCAAUGCCAGUAAUAUCACUACACUUGACAUGAGCCACAAUCAGAUCUCGCUUUGUCCCCAGCCAGCUUCCUCAGAGGAGGUGGGCUCCCCCAGGUGUGUGGAUUUCAGGAAUUUGGCAUCUUUGAGGAGCCUCUCUCUGGAGGGCUGUGGCCUGGGGGCUUUACCAGACUGCCCGUUCCAGGGGACCUCCCUCACUCACUUAGACCUGUCCAGCAACUGGGGCGUUCUGAACGGGAGCAUCGGCCCUCUCCGAGAUAUUGCCCCCAUGUUGCAGGUCCUUUCUCUGAGGAACGUGGGCCUCCGUUCCACCUUUAUGGAGUUGGACUUCUCUGGGUUUGGGAAUCUGAGGGACCUGGAUCUGUCGGGAAAUUCCUUGACCAGCUUCCCGAGGUUCAGGGACAGCCUGGCCCUGAAGACCCUGGAUCUCCGCAGAAACUUGCUCACAGCCCUUCCCCAGAGGGCUGUGUCUGAGCAGCUCUUGAGAGGACUGCAGACCAUCUACCUCAGUCAGAAUCCAUACGACUGCUGUGGGGUGGAGGGCUGGGGGGGCCUGCAGCGUCUGCAGUCCGUGGCCGACUGGGCCUCGGUCACCUGCAACCUCUCCUCCAAGGUCUUCCGUGUGAUGGAGCUGCCUGGGGGCGUGCCGCAGGACUGUAAGUGGGAGCGGCUGGACAUGGGCCUGCUCUACCUCGUGCUCAUUCUCCCCAGCUGCCUCACCCUGCUGGUGGCCUGCACCGUCAUCUUCCUCACUUUUAAGAAGCCUCUGCUUCAGGUCAUCAAGAGCCGCUGCCACUGGUCCUCCAUAUACUGACCUGGCUGCGUGCUAAGGUUAGAAAUUUGGUCUCCGUGUGUAAGGACACUUUCUUGGCUAGAUUUCAAGAUCUUAUGCAGAGGCCAAGUCUGAUGAAUUGAAGUUUAAAUUAAAAUUUAAAAUGUUUCCAUCCCUUAGCCCCCCCAAGUUCUUCUUCCACCAUUGUGAGUUCUCGUCAUCCUGGUAAAAUAUUUAUUAAGUGACAGUCUAUGAAAAUAAAAGAUAACAUAUCUCAUAAAUAUUUUUUAAAUCAAA